UUCACACCACAAACAAAAAACACCUCUCCAUCUCCUUCUUGCAAACAAAAAAAUCAACUCAGAACAGAAAAUGCAGGUGGUUAAAGAGUCAUCAUCGUCCCGGAUUAGAAUGGACGUUGCCGGCGCCGGCGCCGGAGACGGGCUAGCGGCGGCGAUGAGCAUGCAGUCAAUCUACGAGCGGGUCCGCUUCCUGGCCUCCGGCAACGCGGUGGUGAUCUUCACCCUCAGCGGCUGCUGCAUGUGCCACGUGGUGAAACAGCUCCUCUUCGGCCUCGGGGUCGGCCCCACCAUCGUGGAGCUCGACCGCGACGCCGACGGCCGCCAAAUCUACGCCCUCCUCCUCAAGCUCGCGGGGUCCACCCCCGGCAGCCAGCCCGUCCCCGCCGUCUUCGUGGGCGGCAAAUUCUUGGGCGGGAUCGAGACCGUCAUGGCUUGUCAUAUCAACGGCACUCUCGUCCCUCUCCUUAAAGACGCCGGAGCUCUCUGGCUCUGAUAUGAUCUGAUCCCAACCCAUACAUGACCAGCUUUUGUUUGUAGUAACAUAGAAUAUAUUAUUAUUAUUAUGCAUGCCGGCCGGGAGGGAGGGAGAAUCAUAUCAGGGCGUUUGAGGGGACAAACACAAACAUUAAAAAUAUCAGAGCUCAGAAGAUGUCUACCAUGCAUGAUCAAAGCCUCUGAACUUUUACUGUUAGUAUAGUGCCUAUGUAGGAGAAUUGCUUUUCAUUUCUAGUGCUAAAAUAUAAUUUAAUAUAGGGCUUUUAAUUAUAU